UACAAACGACAAGUGUUAUUUCAUCAACCAAAACAAUUUAAGAAAAAACAAGUCGAGCUUUAAACCGAUAGAGAGAAAUGGCGACGUCGGGAACAUACGUGACAGAGGUUCCGCUAAAAGGGAACGCGGAGAAACACUACAGGAGGUGGAGGAACGAGAACCAUGUUUUCCCUGACGCCAUCGGCCACCACAUCCAAGGUGUCACCAUUCACGACGGUGAAUGGGACUCUCACGGGGCCAUCAAGACUUGGAACUACACAUGCGAUGGGAAGCCAGAGGUAUUUAAGGAAAGGAGGGAGAUAGACGAUGAGAAGAAAGCGGUGACAUUUAGAGGACUUGAAGGUCACGUGAUGGAACAGCUCAAGGUGUAUGACGUCGUCUUCGAGUUUAUUCCCCAAUCGGAGGAUGGCUGCGUCUGCAAAAUCACUAUGAUAUGGGAGAAGCGUAACGAUGACUUUCCGGAACCAAGCAACUACAUGAAAUUCGUCAAGAGCAUGGCUGCUGACAUGGACCACCAUGUCAUCAAAGCUUAAUUAUCACCAUGCAUGAUUACCAUCAUCAUCAUCACUAUCACUAUAUAUCUCGGUUUCUUGAAUAAUAAGGUGGUUUAUAAUAAAUAAAAAUGGGGUGUUCUGGCGUUUCCUUUCUAUGUAACGGUUUGUUUUUGUAAGAUGAUUUGAUAUGUUCGUUGUUAUGGUAAUCAUCGGGUUUUAUGUA